AUGUCUACAUUUUUCAGUCCACCCGACCAGCCCAAAGAGGGUAUUGUGCUUGGGAAUAAUGCCCCCUCCGACACAGAUAGUCAGAGUCGUCCACAGUCUAAGGGGAAAGCUUCCUCUAAAGCGGCGAGUGAGAAAAGCACCUUGAUUGAGGAACCAAGGAAUUCCAACGCUUCCAGGACUUCGAAUAUUCGAGCCGAAGAUACCCAGAAGGAGACUGCCAAUGGUACAGCCAGUACUACCGCCAAUGAGACUGCCAAGAAUGAAGAAGACACCAACAAGGAAUCCGCAGUCAAAGACAAUGCGGAGAAGGAGGUCAAAGACGACGAAAAUAAAGCAGACAGCGAUGCCGACGGUGAGAAGAGUCAAGAACCCGAAAUUGAAUAUCCAGCGGCAUGGAGGCUUGUCCUUAUUACCAUUGCGCUAUGUUUCUGUGUGUUCUGUGUGGCAUUGAUUACCGAUCAAUUCAACUCUCUCGACGACGUCGGCUGGUAUGGAAGUUCCUACUUGCUCACUACUUGCGCUGUCACCCUGAUUUUCGGAAAAUUCUAUACCUACUACUCUAUCAAAUGGAUUUACCUCGCCGCCCUUUCCGUCUUCGAGAUUGGUUCGCUCGUCUGUGCCACAACUCCUACCUCCGUCGGUCUUAUCUGUGGUCGGGCUAUUGCUGGUCUCGGUGCUGCGGGUCUGUUCUCUGGUUCUAUCUUGAUCAUUGGCCAGACUGUUCCUCUUGACAAACGACCGAUGUAUACCAGUCUGAUUGGUGCUAUGUUCGGUAUUGCAAAUGUCGCUGGUCCUCUUUUGGGCGGUGCUUUCACUGAUAGACUCUCCUGGCGCUGGUGUUUCUAUAUCAACCUGCCUAUCGGAGCUGUGACUUUCCUCUGUAUUAUCUUCUUCCUCCCUGCCAACAAGGCAUUGAAGCAGAAGGGUAAUUGGAAGCAACAACUGGGCGAAUUUGACCUUCUCGGUUCUCUGUUUUUCCUUCCAUCCAUCAUCUGUCUUCUGUUGGCGCUUCAGUGGGGUGGUACCAAAUAUGCCUGGGACAAUGCCCGUGUCAUUGCGCUCUUCGUCGUUUUCGGAGUUCUUUUCAUCGUCUUCGCCGUCCUGCAAUGGUGGGGACAGGACCGUGCAACUGUUCCCCGCCUCCCAAUCUGGUUCCAGGCUAUCAAAGGCGCAACAGCAAUCAAAUCCGGUAUCAUGAAUCUCCCCAUGAUCAUUGCCGUCGUCGUCGUUUCUCUUCUCGCUGGCGGCCUCGUCACAGCCUGUGGCUACUACACACCCUUCAUGAUCGCCUCGUCAAUCAUCAUGACUAUCGGCGCCGGCCUUCUCAGCACCCUGCAAGUUGACUCCGGCCACCCGAAGUGGAUCGGCUACCAAGCGCUCUUCGGCAUCGGUCUCGGACUUGGCAUGCAACAACCGAUGAUGGUCAUGCAAACGGCGCUGAACCCCAUGGACGUCCCUAGCGGCACGGCUAUCGUUAUGUUCUCGCAAACCCUGGGUGGUGCUAUCUUCGUCUCGGUCGGACAGAACGUGUUCCAGAAUCAACUCUUCCAGAAUCUUGCUCACUAUGCGCCUGAUGCCCCGGCCGCAGAAUUAAUAUCCGCUGGUGCGACCAUGCUGCGUACUCUUGUCCAAGGUGAUGAACUGCAUCGCGUCCUUGUUGCGUACAAUGCGGCUAUCAUGCAGACCUUCUAUGUCUCUGUUGCGAUGGGUGCUUUGACCCUUGUCGGUCCGAUCUUCGUUGAGUGGCUCUCUGUUAAAGGGAAGAAGAUUGAGAUGCCUGCUGCUUGA